AUGCCGAACCAGGACCGCACCAAGGAGUUCCGCUCCUGCGUAGACUCGAUCCGCACACGGUCAUCCCAACCCGCCAGGAGCGCGGAGAAGCAGCGCAUGCUCUCGCAGAGGGGAGAGAUACGGUCCGAGUUCACAAACAUGGCCAAGGGGAUUGCGCAGGACAUCAGUAGCACCUCGCUCAAGCUCACCAAGCUGGGGCAGCUCGCCAAGCGCAAGACCCUAUUCGACGACAGGCCCGUCGAGAUCAGUGAACUCACGUUCGUGAUCAAACAAGACAUUGCAAACCUCAAUAAACACAUCGCUUCGCUUCAAUCAUACGUCAAACAACGCAAGCAGCAAGGGAACAGCAAGACACCAGACGCAAAACUCAUUGACGAACAUAACAACAAUGUGGUCAUGCUGCUCCAGAAUAAGCUGGCCGACUUGAGCAUGACGUUCAAGGAUGUACUCGAACUUCGGACGCAGAACAUGAAAGAAGCGAAAGACCGCUCCGAACAGUUCAUGCACUCGACUGCGUCGGCCGCGAGUCAGGCGCCCUCCAAUUCCUAUCUCUUUGCUCAACGCGACCCGAUGGGCGAUGGCUCUUCCGGUACCGAUCGCAAAGGCAAAGGCCGCUCAACGCCACGGCCGGCUGGUGACAUGCUUGCCCUCGAUCUCGAUGCAGCGGAGAGUGGGACCGGACAGACAAAUGGUGGCGGCGCCUUCAUGCAGAUGGAGCUUGUUGAACAGCAGGACUCAUACAUCCAAUCCCGCUCUACAGCUAUUGAGAGCAUUGAGUCAACCAUUGCUGAGCUGGGGCAGAUCUUCAACCAGCUUGCGAACAUGGUUGCCGAGCAACGCGAAACAGUGCAACGCAUUGACGCGGAUACCAUCGACAUUGCCUCAAACGUCGGCGGUGCACAGCGAGAACUGUUGAAGUACUACGCCAGCAUCUCGAACAACCGAUGGCUCAUGCUCAAGGUCUUCGGUGUAUUGAUCGUGUUUUUCCUUAUCUUUAUCCUCGUUUCAUGA